GUUGUCAAGUUGCGUGUUGUCAUCUGAUCUUUACGGUUUUUCAUUUGGUGCUUGCAUUAAAAAAUUUCACUCUGGAAUGUAAUCGUCCUACAUCGAUUAAAACCUAAUAUUUUCGGCAUUGAUAAGCUGAAAUAUUAAAAUAUCCGUACUACAGUUGCUGCUCAACGAAAAUCAUCAUGGGAAAUACCGAUACUAAACUGAAUUUUCGAAAAGCUAUUGUACAGCUUACUAGUAAAAGCCAGCCAAUCGAUGCAAGUGAUGACGCAUUUUGGGAGCAGUUUUGGUGUGAGCACAACACAUCUGUGCAAGAUGUAUUCGCAUUGAUUCCUUCGAAUGAGAUACGAAAGGUUCGGGAUGUAAUGCCAGCGAACUUAGCUACUCUCUGCUACAAGGCAACGGAACGUCUUGUCCGAGCAGUGGACAACAGUUGCCGGACGCAAGGGGAGCAACAAACUGUACUGAACUGUAUUCGACUUUUGAAUCGCAUCUUGCCUUACAUAUUUGAAGAUCCCCAGUGGAAGGAUUUCUUCUGGUCUUCUCUUCCGUCCGGAAAUGAAAAAGAGGAUGGUUCUGCCCCAUUGGCACAGAGUUUGUUAAAUGCGAUCUGUGACUUGCUGUUUUGCCCUGAUUUUACGGUCGUAGGAUUACGCAAGUCCGGUCCAGAAAAAGCAGAGGAAUUAAAUUCUAUUGAUAGCUGCGAGUACAUCUGGGAAGCCGGAGUUGGAUUUGCUCAAUCCCCACCAAGAAAUGGACCAAUGGACUCAAGAAGGACUGAACUAUUAAAACUGCUGCUGGCCUGUUUCAGUGAAACCAUGUAUCGUGCUCCAACAAUGAGUGACGAACCCAACAAGUGGAUAGUUCAUUUCACGAGUGCAGAAAAUCGGCAUGCUUUGCCGCUUUUCACAUCGCUACUAAAUACAGUGUGUGCGUACGAUCCGGUUGGAAUCGGUGUUCCGUACAAUCAUCUUUUGUUUACUGACACGCUAGAACCGCUGGUGGAAGUGUGUUUGCAGAUACUGAUUGUAACCUUGGACCAUGACAUAACUAGCAACUCGCCAACGCAGUCUGCUUCGUACUCGCAUGAUGACAGUACUAUAGCUGAUAACCUAUUUAUCAAUUACCUUUCGCGCAUUCAUCGGGAUGAUGAUUUUCAUUUUAUUUUGAAAGGCGUCACUCGUUUACUUAACAAUCCAUUGGUCCAAAGCUACUUGCCUAAUUCAACCAAACGGCUGCACUGUCAUCAAGAAUUGCUGGUGUUUUUCUGGAAGAUAUGUGACUAUAAUAAGAAAUUUCUAUAUUUCGUGCUUAAAAGCAGUGACGUAUUGGACAUCCUUGUUCCAAUUUUAUACCAUUUGAACGAUUCUCGUGCUGAUCAGUCUCGUGUCGGUCUGAUGCACAUCGGUGUAUUCAUCCUGCUGCUUUUGUCAGGUGAACGUAACUUUGGAGUUAGACUUAACAAACCGUACACUGCAACCGUUCCCAUGGACAUUCCCGUUUUCACUGGAACCCACGCCGAUUUACUGAUCACCGUGUUUCAUAAAAUUAUCGCUACCGGUCAUCAGCGUCUGCAGCCGCUUUUCGAUUGUCUGCUUACCAUUUUAGUAAAUGUUUCCCCCUAUUUGAAAACUCUCUCGAUGGUGGCCAGCGUCAAGCUGCUGCAUUUACUAGAAGCCUUCAGCACACCAUGGUUUCUUUACUCAGCACCGUCAAACCAUCAUCUAGUAUUUUUCCUGCUGGAAAUCUUCAAUAAUAUUAUUCAAUAUCAGUUUGAUGGAAACUCUAAUUUGGUUUACACCAUCAUUCGUAAACGGCAAGUUUUUCAUGCUUUAGCCAAUUUACCAACGGAUGCUGCUGGAAUAUCGCGUUGCAUGAAUAAUAGGAAAAGUGGAAAACCACAUAAUUCUAGUCAUGGAAGCAACCGCUCUGAACAACGCAAUGUUCAGAACAAGGAGGUGCUACCUUCAAUGGCAGGUGCUGGAGAUGAAAGUGAAGAGGACAUUACAGUAAGAACUGGUCAAUUAUCGGUUGGUAAUCAACAACAUUCCGAUGAGGAAGAGGACAAUCGGAGUGAAAUUGUGGAAGAAUCAAUGGAAGGUUCACGACCAGCACAACCAGCCGAACCGGGAACACUGAAAGCUACUCUCUUAGACACGCCCGAUAUUGCGCAAAUUACAGAACGAGAGUCAGCUCAUCCUACUGGAGACGCUGCUACUCCGUCUCCCGUUGAAUCGGCAGCUAAGGUUCUGAACGAAGCAGAAAAGUCAAAUUCCCCCAACGGAUCACCGAGUAAGGAGCAGCCCUCACCAAUUAAACGUUCGGUAGCACAGCGCGGUAGUAUUCGUGUUACUUCGGCAAAUGCACAGCAUGGGGCUCAGUCGAAGAUGUGGCAGCCUUCUCCGGAUUGGGUUCAAUCAUGGAGAUCGAAACUGCCGUUGCAAACUAUCAUGCGGCUCUUGCAAGUGUUAGUGCCCCAAGUCGAGAAAAUCUGUAUUGAUAAGGGUCUUACCGACGAAUCGGAAAUACUUAAGUUCUUGCAGCACGGAACGCUGGUCGGUUUACUACCAGUACCACAUCCUAUUCUAAUACGAAAGUAUCAAGCAAACGGUGGUACGACGGCCUGGUUUCGCACUUAUAUGUGGGGUGUUAUUUAUUUACGGAACGUAGAUCCGGCCAUCUGGUAUGACACUGAGGUGAAGCUUUUUGAGAUUCAACGCGUUUAAGAGUCAAAGUAAGUACAUUGUUAUUCAUUAAGUAAUAUUAACCCAAUAAAGUCAAGUUUGCAAGCACUGAGUUUGAAAUUGAGUACGAGACGAAAAAAAACACAAAAUAAUUGCUUCUGAUCUUUCGUAAUAUCGUCUAUAAUGUCAUCAACAUUUUAUGACCAGCUAACGCUCUUUAACCUCUGCUAAGGAGUGCUUCUUACUAAGAAAUCGCGACUGAGAGAUGUAAGCUUUUUGAAAUAUGCAGCAGAUCUCAAUUUAUCAGAAAACAACUGUUAAGGCGUUUGUCAAGUCCCAUAUUACGAUUAUGUUGCACCUUUAAAUUAGUUGUGUUCAACUGCCUAAAUUGGUUUUAUUUAAUAUUUUUCUGACAUAAUGGCUAUUGAACGGUAAUUUUCUCCCUAAGAAAGUACACAUAAUAUAUCUAUUGUUUAGUACCAUAGCAUUCCUGUUCGGUAUCACGUACGAUAAUGUAACCAGUCCAGUGUAAAAUCGCAACAGAUAAGCUGUCUAUUUUAGUUUAGAACGAAGAGUACUAUUUUAACACCGUGCAAUUGUCUUGUGUAUAUUCAUAUAAAAUACAAAAUUAUUUUGAAACUAUCCACAAAAACAUAUAAUGUAAUAUGCUUCUAAGUGAUGUGAACUAACAAAAGUGUAACAGUCUAUGAUCAAAACUUAUAAAAUAAAUAAUUAUCAAGGACU